GGUGGAAAGUGAAGGAGCUACCCAGCACGCUUGCGCGGCUGUCAUAGGGCUGCUUGGUUGGUCAGUGGGGAGUCGGCGCCUGCGUACUAAGACCCGUGUGCAGCAGCGGCGGCGGCGCUAGAGGCGGCGGCGGCGGCGGCGGCAGCAGCGGGUUCGGAGGCAGUGGUUGGGCUCGCGGCGAGCGGACGGGGUCGAGUCAGUGCGUUCGCGCGAGUUGGAAUCGGAGCCUCUUAAAAUGGCAGAUGACUUGGACUUCGAGACAGGAGAUGCAGGGGCCUCCGCCACCUUCCCCAUGCAGUGCUCAGCAUUACGUAAGAAUGGUUUUGUGGUGCUCAAAGGCCGGCCAUGUAAGAUCGUCGAGAUGUCUACUUCGAAGACUGGCAAGCAUGGCCAUGCCAAGGUCCACCUGGUUGGUAUUGACAUUUUUACUGGGAAGAAAUAUGAAGAUAUCUGCCCAUCAACUCACAAUAUGGAUGUCCCCAACAUCAAAAGGAAUGAUUUCCAGCUGAUUGGCAUCCAGGAUGGGUACCUAUCCCUGCUCCAGGACAGCGGGGAGGUACGAGAGGACCUUCGUCUGCCUGAGGGAGACCUUGGCAAGGAGAUUGAGCAGAAGUAUGACUGUGGAGAAGAGAUCCUGAUCACGGUGCUGUCUGCCAUGACAGAGGAGGCAGCUGUUGCAAUCAAGGCCAUGGCAAAAUAACUGGCUUCCAGGGUGGCGGUGGUGGCAGCAGUGAUCCUUGAGCCUACAGAGGCCCUUCCCCCAGCUGGGUUCUGCUCUGGCUGGGCCCUUGGCUGGACUCCUAUACAAUUUAUUUGACGUUUUAUUUUGGUUUUCCUCACCCCUUCAAACUGUCGGGGAGACCCUGCCCUUCACCUAGCUCCCUUGGCCAGGAAUGAGGGAGCCAUGGCCUUGGUGAAGCUACCUGCCUCUGCCCUCACAGCCCUUGUGGGGGAAAGGGGAAAAGGUAUUGCUUGUGGUUUAGGUCCCCCCACCUCCCUUAUUUUCUUUUUAAUUCAAUUUGGAAUCAGAAAGCUGUGGAUUCUGGCAAAUGGUCUUGUGUCCUUUAUCCCACUUAUCCCUGGUCUGGUCCCCUGCUCUCCAUAGUCCUUCACCCCAAGCACCACUUGUACAGACUGGGGACCAGCCCCCUCCUCUGCCUGUGUCUCUUCCCCAAACCCCUUUAGGGGUAAAGAGAAGAGUGGGGGGGAGCAGACAUGAUCCCUCCUCAGGCAUCUGGGAGGGCCUUGCCCCCAUGGGCUUCACCCUUUCCUGCGGUUCUCCCUGACACAUUUGUUAAAAAUCAAACCUGAAUAAAACAAGUUUAAUAUGAAG